UCAAUGCAGGAUUGAAUGAACGUUUUCAGAAUGAACUCAUACUUUGUGGUUGUGCUGUUGUGUUUGUGCUAUUCAUCUCUAGUAACUGCCGAAACCAAUGACAGAAAUGGAAUCAAAAUCCCACACUGGACAGAAGUGUGUCCAUUAGCUGCACAUCCAGAUCCUAACCGCUUUAUUCAGUACAAACCUGACAGAGAACCAGUUGAGAAGAAGUGUGACGAAGGUCUAAUAUUCAGUUACGAACAGUGUUCCUGUAUUUGGGGCCCUCCUCCAGAUUGUGAUAAGCGGCCUUCGCGGCUUGGUAUUACUUAUUAUGAGCAGAACUCCAAUAACUACUGGCUAACAAUGGUCUGUGCCAUGGGGACAGCGUUCAGCCCCUCUACUUGUGAUUGCUCAGUCCAUCUUAGACUUAAUCAUAUCAACAAUAAUCCAUUUGGGCAGCCAACAACAAGAUAGAACAACAAGGACGCGUUCAUUGGAUAAAUGAUCAAUGUUUGAUUGCUAGUGAAAUCAUUAUCAUGACAGAAUGCAUUAAAUCCAAAAUUUUCAUUUUGGGUGAGACUCUAUGUUGGUCCUACUCUUGAUUUAUUACAGCAAUUGAUUGUAUCUUUGCAAAGAAUAAUCUAGAGAAUUUCUCCGAAAUGAAAUUAUAGAAGUUGUAUUGUAUCAAAACGUUUCAUGUUGUAUUAAUGAUGUAUAUAUUUGUAAAGCAUUGUAAUAAAAUUAAACUUUGAAAAAAAUGUAUAUAAACGUCAGUGCCUCUGUGUUUAAAAUAUAUUUUACAGAAAUUUAAUAUCUUUAUUUUCUUAAUGGACAC